CAUAGCCGAGGCGUUGGUCAGUAAAGGUUUUGCCACGGUCAUCCGCUACAGACAGGAUGAUGACCAGCGCUCAUCCCACUACGACGAGCUACUGGCUGCAGAGGCACGGGCAAUCAAGAACGGGAAAGGGCUGCAUAGCAAGAAGGAGGUCCCCAUCCACAGAGUGGCUGAUAUCUCUGGGGAAACACAGAAGGCCAAGCAGUUCCUGCCUUUCCUCCAGAGAGCAGGCCAGCUCAGAGGCGGUGGUAGAAUACGUGUUCAGUGGCUCCCGCCUCAAACUCUACAUGCCCAAAGAGACCUGCCUCAUCACCUUCCUCCUCGCCG